UUUUGGGCGCGUCCCUCCGGAGCUUUUCUAAGAACUGGCACAAGAUCAAGACAAAUGAAUUUUCAAAAGGUUUGCAGUAUUCUCCAAAGUAUUCUCUACAGUAUACUGAAGAUUCGACUAACCGAAGUCUUAAAAUAAAAGUCUUAAAACCGGAACAAAAACAGUUGUACAACACGAAAAUAGAAAGAGAAAAAGAAUAAAAAGAAGAGUGACCACAGGUCAUGAGAUUUGGCAUAAUGUCUAAUUUUAAUUUUAUCGAUUUUUCUUUGGCGUUAAUUUAAAAUUGAAUUUUCCCCGGUUUUUAAUUAUUUUGUGUGAGAAAAAGUUUUUUGGUUACGUCAUAGGUUUUGCGUGGAGUAAUUGAUUUUUCUUUGUUUUAUUCUUCAGUCUCUUAUUUUACCUUAUUUUAGCUUUUUAAAAUUUGUAUUUUUAGAGGAAUUUUUGCUCUAAUUGGCUUUAAAAAACUUUUUUUUAGAAACAAAUUAGAAAAUGCUUAACAACGAUUUUGCUGCUGUUCUUUUAGUUAAAAGAGAAGUUUUUCUUUAUAUGAUUCCACCAUUAUCUGGAACUAAAGGAUACAAAGCUUCUGAUUGGAAUUUGGCUAACCCUAAUUGGACUGGUCGUUUACGUUUGGUAUCUAAAUCUGAUGAUGUUUUAGAAAUUCGGUUGGAAGAUAAAAAUACGGGUGAACUUUUUGCCAAAGCACCAAUUAAUCGGCUCAAUUCUGUCGAUUUUGAACCAGUUGUCGAUUCUUCCCGUUAUUUUGUUAUUCGAUUAAGAAGUGAUAAUGGACAAGCUAGAUUUGUUGGGAUUGGAUUUAGUGACCAAAGCGACUCAUUUGAUUUGAAAGUUUCAAUUCAAGAUUAUUUUCGAAGUGCUUUAGAAGUUGAAAAAGAGAUUAAAGCUGAGGAAAGUGGAAUUAAUAAAAUACCUGUUUUACGCGAAGGGCAGACGCUUACACUCAAUUUUGGGAAAAAAACAAUUGUCUCUAAUGACAAUCAACGUGUUAUUUCAAAUAAAGAAUCUCCAAAAAAUUCUGGUUCAACACCAACAAGUUUUCCUCUUUUGCCUCCACCACCGCCUUCAUCUUCCUCUCCUUUAGUUCGGCGUUGA